UUCUGACUUGGAGUCUGGGUCUUACAGCACACCUUCCCUUUUGAGUCAGUGUUAAGAGAUUCCUUUCAAAACCUGUGACGGGGAGGAAGCCAGAAAAUCCACCGCAACACCAGUUCUACGGGAAGCCUGUUGCCUCUACCUGGCUGCCUGGAGGAAGAGGGAGGCUGCUCCUCAGGUCAGAAGGGCUGCGAGGCCCCCACCCCAGGACCCCUGUCUUCCUCCUGAUGUCUCUCAUCUCCCAUUGUUCCUUCUCUGCUUUUUUUGUAGAGUGGCUUCCUCUGUGGUCUGUGCGGUCUAGCUUUCAAAUCGCAAUACUUCUAUCUAACCCCCGAAAAAUAUCUUCUGAGUGUUUUGGCCAGAAAGAGGGAGCACUGCUGUCUCUCCUCAUCUUAGGUCUAAGGAUAGAAUCACAGAUCAUCCCCCCAAAAAGGGAUUCCUUGUGAUUUUUCAUAACACACCUUUUUUUCUCUGAACAAGCUAUUUUAAUCAUUCCUGUUUUUUCUUGUUAGAAAGUUCAUCCUUAUUUGUAUCCUAAAUUGUUCAAACAGAUCUAUUCCUGUCCCCCCUCUCCCCCCUGAUUUUUUUUUAAUGAGUGAGUUCUCAUGAGGAGCAGAUUCAGAGCUUUUCAAAUCCUCAAAGUCUCUCUUAUUGAGUCUCUCUUCUAUUUCUCUAGACUUAGCCUGUUUAAACUUUAGAUUGAGAGUGUCUGUAAGAAUUUUCAUUCCCAGUUUUCUUUUGAGAUCAGAUAGAAGGGAUUUCAACUUUGAAUUGUUGGUUCCUGAUCUCCCUCCAUAUUAACAAACACUGUCUGCAUCCAGUGUGUUCCAAGGGUACUCCAUGCACUUCAGUAACGGUUGUGGGGGGAGGCCUGGAGAGACACGGAUAAGAUAGAACCUCCCCACCACCAGGGAGCUUCCCGGGGAGCAUAUUUGAUCACAGAAAAUGUUAUAUCAUAUGAGCAUUCGUUAGUAAUGAUAAUAAAAUAAAAGCAAAGCCAGUAGGGUUUGCACCCUGUACCUGCCAGGAAGCUACUUAAUUUCUUUGUGUUUUAGUUUCCCUGCCUAUAAAGCGGGGAGCCUAACAUAACCUGUUGCAACGAUUCAAUGAGUUAAAGUAUGUAAAAUGUUUGCAAUAUAGGAUGGCCCACAGGAAUUGCUUCAUAAGUGCUAGCUAUUAAAAGCAGUGACAUUUUCCCCCCACAGUAGUAAUUUUGUCUAACAAAAGCAAUACACUAAGCAUUUGUUGGAAAGAUUUCCCAAGAAACAAUGCUGAAGAAAGAUUCCUGGAGCCCAGGAGAUAUUUUGUCUUAGUCCUGCCUUGAAAGUGUAAUGCUCACUGAGCAAGGGGGUGCUGAAGGGGAAGCUCCUUAACUCAGGUGGGACAAGGUUGCCCGGUGGGAUUGGACAUGGUCACAGUCUUCAUCUUGGAAGUCUGUCUUGUGCAAGAGGACUAAUAUAUUCUUUAUUGCCCCAAAAGUCAGAACUAAGACCAGUAAAAAUCUUCUAAGGCUUGUGCUGUCUUAAAUAAAAUGGUCUGAAGAAGUAAGUUGCCUGUCACUAACGGUCUUCAGGUAGAAGUGGGAUAAACUGGGCUGUGUCUGAGAUCUGGACACUAAGCCCAGUGCAGUCCAUAAUGGGAACCUAAUUAUGUAGCCACAUUUAAAAAGUAAAAGGAAACAGGUGGCACUGACUUGGUAAAUAUAUUUUAUUUAACCCAGUAUAUCCAAAUUUUAUUGGUCAACAUUAAUCAGUAUAAAACUUACUGGGAUAGUUUUAUAUUCAGUUUUAAUAACUUAACUCUUCAAAAUCCAUUAUGUGUUUUAUACUUACAGACCAUCUCAAUUCAGAAUGGUUUCAUUUCAAGUGCAGUAUGCCCAGGGGGCUAAUAGCUACCACAUUGGGCAACACAGACACAGCCCCUGAUUUUCCCUAAGCCGACUCUUAAUGCCUUUGGGCAAAAGUGUUUCUCAAUUGGCAUAGGAACUUUUCCCUCCUUGAGACAGCAGGAUGCCUUACUCUGAUGGAUGUCUUCCUCUUCAUAGGCAUAAAUAUGGGAGAAGCAGGGGGGUCCUGAAGAUCUGUUUAGUUAUAGAAUAAGAAACAAACAAAACAUGGGUAAAAGAGUCCCUUCCAGAUUUUUUUUUUAACUUGAGAGCCUCUAAUUAUUUCUCUUUUUCAGAGCACUGCUUAGUUAGCAACAGAAUAAAGGAUAUAUGAAUUCUCCAGUCUUCCUCUCUUGGCUCCUACUGAAUAAGAAACCCACAGAAAGAUCUCCCUACUUCCUGUGACUAAUUUGUUUUCAACCCAGAACCCUUUCUCUCACUUUCCUGAGAGCACCCCACAUCACCAGCACUAUGAACAUGGCAUACCCUGAGGGGCCCAGGAGGCCCACCUAGCAGGGAGAUGCUCUCCCCUCUUGCUCCUCUCCUUCCCUGACUAUCUCUGGCUAUCUUCUUAGCAGGAAGAAUUGCAUUUAGCACCAAUAUUUAAACCUCAGAGUAGAGAUAUGGGGAGUGCUGCUUAGACACAGAGUUUGGACCCCAGCAGAGAAGUGUAGCUGGAAAUGAGACUGGCUCACAGGCAAUGUGUUUCGGUAAACUUAGCAAUUGGUUCUCAGAAGAAAAAAAGCUGAUUUGUGGCAUUUUCUGAUUUCUGUGGUGUACACUUCCACCAUAGGUGACUUAAAGCUGCCAAUGUGAUGCUUCUGGAGAGAGAUUGGGAAGAGAUGCCUGCAAUCAGCUUGCACUAGCAGGGGAAAGUAUAAAAGAAAUAUGGUAAAUUUGGUAUCUAGCACAGUCCCAAGCUGCAGCCAAUCUCCUUGUUUUAUAGACACUAGGCAAUUUUUAAUAUAUAAUGAAGACCACAAGCGCUGUGUGGAAGCAUUAAGUCCGAGUGCAGUCCAAACGGCAGCUUGCAACCAGGGCAAUGAAGCACAGAAAUUCCGAUGGGUGUCUGAAUCCCAGAUUAUGAGUGUUGCAUUUAAAUUAUGCUUGGGGGUGCCAUCCAAAACUGAUUGGGUUGCUAUCACUCUGUAUGCCUGUGACUCGAAGAGCGAAUUUCAGAAAUGGGAGUGCAAGAAUGACACCCUAUUGGGGAUCAGAGGAGAAGAUUUAUUUUUUAACUAUGGCAACAGACAAGAAAAGAAUAUUAUGCUUUACAAGGGAUCAGGUUUAUGGAGCCGAUGGAAAAUCUAUGGAACCACAGAUGAUUUAUGCUCUAGAGGUUAUGAAGCCAUGUACACCCUCCUGGGCAAUGCAAACGGAGCAACGUGUGUAUUUCCAUUCAAGUUUGAGGACAAGUGGUAUGCAGACUGCACAAGUGCUGGGCGGUCAGAUGGAUGGCUCUGGUGUGGAACCACUAGAGAUUAUGAUGCGGAUAAGCUAUUUGGAUAUUGUCCAUUGAAAUUUGAGGGCAGUGAAAGCUUAUGGAAUAAAGAUCCAUUGACUGGCAUUUCCUACCAGAUAAACUCCAAAUCUGCUUUAACUUGGCACCAGGCGAGAAGGAGCUGCCAGCAACAGAAUGCUGAACUCUUGAGCAUCACAGAGCUACAUGAGCAAACCUACCUGACAGGACUCACCAGUUCCUUGACUUCUGGACUCUGGAUUGGACUUAACAGUCUGAGUUUCAGCAGCGGGUGGCAGUGGAGUGGUGGCAGUCCAUUCCGAUAUUUGAACUGGUUACCAGGUAGGGGAAGUCCAUCAGCAGAACCUGGAAAAAGCUGUGUGUCACUCAAUCCAGGGAAAAACGCAAAAUGGGAAAAUCUGGAAUGUGUUCAGAAACUAGGCUAUAUUUGUAAAAGAGGCAACACAACUUUGAAUUCUUUUAUUAUUCCCUCAGAAAGUGGUGUGCCUACUAACUGUCCAAGUCAGUGGUGGCCAUAUGCAGGUCACUGUUACAAGAUUCACAGAGAAGAGAAGAAAAUCCAAAGGGAAGCCUUGAUUGCUUGUAGGAAGGAAGGUGGUGACCUAGCAAGUAUCCAUAGCAUUGAGGAAUUUGACUUUAUCAUCUCCCAGCUAGGAUACGAGCCAAAUGAUGAGUUAUGGAUUGGCUUAAAUGACAUUAAGAUUCAAAUGUAUUUUGAAUGGAGUGAUGGGACUCCUGUAACAUAUACCAAAUGGCUCCGUGGAGAACCAAGCCAUGAAAACAACAGGCAGGAGGACUGUGCUGUGAUGAAGGGCAAGGAUGGGUACUGGGCAGAUCGGGCCUGUGAGCAACCCCUUGGCUAUAUCUGUAAAAUGAAAUCACAAACUCAAGCUCCAGAAACCGUGCAUGUUGAAACAGGCUGCCGGAAAGGCUGGAAGAGACAUGGCUUCUUCUGCUAUUUGAUUGGAAACAAACUUUCAACAUUUACAGAAGCAAAUCAAACCUGUGGAAAUGAAGAGGCUUAUCUAACAACUAUUGAAGACCGAUAUGAACAAGCCUUUCUGACUAGUUUGGUUGGAUUGAGGCCUGAAAGGUAUUUUUGGACAGGACUUUCAGAUGUACAAAACAAGGGAACCUUUCAAUGGACUGUUGAGGAAGAGGUUCUAUUCACCCACUGGAAUUCAGACAUGCCGGGGCGAAAAGCAGGGUGUGUUGCCAUGAGAACUGGGAUUGCAGGGGGCUUGUGGGAUGUUCUGAGAUGUGAAGAGAAAGCAAAAUUUGUGUGUAAGCACUGGGCAGAAGGAGUGACUCAUCCCCCAGAGCCCACGACGACUCCUGAGCCCAAGUGUCCAGAGGAUUGGGGCAGCAGUAAAACAAACUUGUGUUUCAAGCUGUUUGCAAAAGGAAAACAUGAGAAGAAAACAUGGUUUGAAUCUCGAGAUUUUUGUAGAGCUCUGGGUGGUGAUCUAGCUAGUAUCAAUAACAAAGAUGAACAGCAAACAAUAUGGCGGUUAGUGACGGCUAGUGGAAGUUACCAUGAACUAUUUUGGUUGGGACUGACAUAUGGAAGUCCUUCAGAGGGCUUUGCUUGGAGUGAUGGUUCUCCUGUUUCAUAUGAAAAUUGGGCUUAUGGAGAACCUAAUAAUUAUCAAAAUGUUGAAUACUGUGGUGAGUUGAAAGGUGACCCUGGUAUGUCCUGGAAUGAUAUUAACUGUGAACAUCUGAAUAAUUGGAUUUGCCAGAUACAAAAAGGACAAACACCAAAACCUGAACCAACACCAGCUCCUCAAGACAAUCCACCAGUCACUGAAGAUGGGUGGGUUAUUUACAAAGACUACCAGUACUAUUUUAGCAAAGAGAAGGAAACCAUGGACAAUGCACGAGAAUUUUGCAAGAGGAACUUUGGUGAUCUUGUUUCUAUUCAAAGUGAAAGUGAAAAGAAGUUUCUAUGGAAAUAUGUAAACAGGCAUGAUGCACAGCCGGCAUAUUUUAUUGGCUUGUUGAUCAGCUUGGAUAAAAAGUUUGUUUGGAUGGAUGGAAGCAAAGUGGAUUAUGUGGCUUGGGCCACAGGUGAACCUAAUUUUGCAAACGACGAUGAAAAUUGUGUAACCAUGUAUUCAAAUUCAGGGUUUUGGAAUGACAUUAAUUGUGGUUAUCCAAACACCUUCAUCUGCCAGAGGCAUAACAGCAGCAUCAACACCACGACUGUUCCUACCAUGUCCCCCACCCCAGGAGGUUGCAAAGAAGGUUGGAAUUUUUACAGUAACAAGUGUUUCAAAAUACUUGGAUUUGUUGAAGAAGAAAGAAAAAAUUGGCAAGAGGCACGAAAAGCUUGCAUAGGAUUUGGGGGAAAUCUGGUAUCCAUACGCAAUGAAAAAGAACAAGCCUUUCUUACCUAUCACAUGAAGGACUCUACUUUUAAUGCCUGGACUGGGCUGAAUGAUGUGAAUUCAGAACAUACAUUCCUUUGGACGGAUGGACGAGGAGUUCAUUAUACAAACUGGGGGAAAGGUUACCCUGGCGGAAGAAGGAGCAGUCUUUCCUAUGAAGACGUUGACUGUGUUGUUGUUAUUGGAGGGAAAUCAAAGGAUGCAGGAAAAUGGAUGGAUGACACCUGUGACAGUAAGCGGGGCUACAUAUGCCAGACACUUCCUGACUCUUCCUUGCCUAAUUCUCCAGCAACAGUUCCAACAGAUGGCUUUAUUAAAUAUGGUGAAAGUAGCUAUUCCCUCAUGAAAUUAAAAUUACAAUGGUAUGAAGCAGAGGAUUAUUGCAAGCUUCACGCUUCCCUUAUUGCUAGCAUUCUAGAUCCCUAUAGUAAUGCAUUUGCAUGGAUGCAAAUGCAAGCAGUCAAUGAACCUGUGUGGAUCGCUCUGAACAGUAAUUUGACCAAUAAUGAAUAUGUUUGGACUGAUAAAUGGAGGGUGAGGUACACUAAUUGGGCGGCUGAUGAGCCCAAAGUGAAAUCAGCAUGCGUUUAUCUGGACCUUGAUGGCUACUGGAAGACAGCACAAUGCAAUGAAAGUUUCUAUUUUCUCUGUAAAAGAUCAAAUGAAAUCCCAGCCACUGAACCUCCACAACUGCCUGGCAAAUGCCCAGAGACAGAACACACAGCCUGGAUUCCUUUCCAUGGCCACUGUUACUAUAUUGAGUCUUCAUAUACACGAAACUGGGGCCAAGCUUCUCUGGAAUGUCUCCGAAUGGAUUCCUCUUUGGUUUCCAUCGAAAGUGCUGCUGAAUCAAGUUUUCUGUCAUAUCGAGUUGAGCCACUUCAAAGCAAAGCCAAUUUUUGGAUAGGAUUGUACAGAAAUGUUGAAGGGAAGUGGCUAUGGAUAAACAACAAUCCACUCUCCUUUGUCAACUGGAACACAGGGGAUCCCUCUGGUGAAAGAAAUGAUUGUGUAGUUUUAUAUGCAUCUUCUGGAUUUUGGAAUAAUAUUCACUGUUCUUCCUACAAAGGAUAUAUUUGUAAAAGACCAAAAAUUGUUGAUGUUGAACCUACACAGACAUUAAUUACAACAAAAGCCAACUCAAGGAAGAUGGACCCUCACAAACCAUCUUCCAGCAUGGCAGGAAUAGUGGUCAUUGUGAUCCUCCUGAUUGUGACUGGCGCUGGCCUUGCUGCAUAUUUCUUUUAUAAGAAAAGACGUGUGCACUUAUUUGGAGAGAGCACUUUUGAAAACACUCUCUAUUUUAAUAGUCGAUCAACUCCAGGAACUAGUGAUACCAAAGAUCUCAUGGACAACAUUGAACAGAAUGAACAUGCGGUCAUCUAGGAUUAUAAUGUGAUUUAGAUAUAUUUGAAUUUCAUAAAAUUAAAACUAAAAUGUUAAGGCCUUUAAUUCAAUGAAAUUGUUUCCUUUAGAAUUAGUACUAUAUUGCACUGGCCUGUCCUUUUUCUUUGCCUAAUUGAAGACAUAAUUGCUCAUUUUCAAGCCUGGAGAGAUAUUUUCACAAAAGAGGGAUAACAAUAUGGAUUACCACUUUAAAAAAUAUCUUAGGUGAAUACACAGCACAAUAAUACCAAUAUUUAAGUAUCACUGGUGGUAACUAGUGUAAAUUGCAUGCAGAUCAUAAGACCUCUAAACACCUAAACUUCCUGAAAUGGUUUACAAAGAUUUCAAAGAAAGGUUAUUUAUUGAAAUGCAAUUCAAUAAUUAGAAGAUCAUUUAAAAAAAACAAGUGCAAAUAACAUCAGUGGAAUAAAAAUUUAGUCACUUUUCUUUUUUUACCAAUCUUGAUUUUCACUCCAAUUAUUUAGAAUUGUAUUUGUACACGUGCAGAAAGGAUGAGGCAGCUGAGAGUCUUAUUUCCCCCCAAGAGGGGUUUUCCUGGCUGAAUAUUACAAAUACGUCCUUUGUCCUGUUAUAUGUAUAUCAGGAGUGCAAAGAUGUGAAAUAAAAAUGUAAAUUUGCAUAACUGGAUGUACUUAGAUAAUGUGAAAUAAACAUCAAAAACAAGGACUAUUUUUAAUAGAUUUGUAUUUUGGUGAUCUUAGUAAAUUUAAACUGUCUUUUAAAUACAAUUUAUUUAUCCAGUAAUAUUUAACUUUACUCUGAAAAAUAAACAAUAUUAUUAGUAGA